AACCAUUCAAGUUUAGUAAGUUAUACCUUAAGAAUUGUGCAAUUUAAAUGUUUAAUUAAACAAAAAAGUUGAGACGAUUUAGGUGUGAAUGUUUUAGUGUGUAAAAAUACCUGCACCUAAUGUAAUUAUAUUGUUCACUUCUAUUGUUUGCUGUGCUUUAAGCCUGUCAGGAGAGAUUUUUAUGUGCAGUUUGAUGAACAGACAUUCAGAGCUGGCUACAUAGAUUAGCUGUGUUCACCUGAUGUUAAAGUGGAGAAUUCUACUCAUGGCAAAUUUCACUCUUCAGAACUUGUGUGGAUCAAAACUUACCACUGCAUGGCUUUUACUGGAUCUAUUCUAAAGGUCAGACACAGAAUUAAAAAAGGCUGCAGUCUCACAAUAUGGGCUUGUAGAAAUUGGAAAACCAAGAAAACGGUCGAACACAACAUACCCGGGAUAACCUGCUAUUGGCUAAAUCAUAAUGGAUGUUUCAAGCCUUUAACGUGCCUGUAAUCUAAGUAAUCAGCAUUGUUGGAGGGGGAUUAUUGUUGCCAAGAUGCCAUUCGCCCCAACUCUGAAACUCCGGUCCACUGGGUCUAGGCUGUCUGCCCGUGGCAGAAACGGUUCUACUCCGGGAACCGGACAUCAGCAGAUAUCUCCGUCUGGAGCAAGGAGAUCCAGCGACACCGGCCUGUUUUACAGUGGUGAAGAAACUUCUUUGACGAUGGGAUCAAAAAAGAAACAGACAAGUCGAUCCAAUGGGACGGUGUCACAGAAUGGGACCAAAAUGUCCAAUGGAAUGUCUGGUGAGAGGAAGAGAAGGAAGAAUGAAGAUUCCACAAUGGUUACAAAAACUGUGCAAAUGAGUGCUUUCAUCGUAAUAAUCAUCGCUUUUGUCAUCAUGUAUAGGACAGACUUUUCUUCAGUAAGUUCCUCAGGGCAAAACUCUAGUCCGUCCCUGGAUUCUUCCCAGGAUUCCAAAGCAUCCCAGAAUUCCAUACAGACAGAUUCCACAAACUGGAGACCAGCCAGUAAAGAGGCAUGGAAACUGUAUGGGUCGACAAAAUGCAUGGUAGAUAGGAGAGAUGCUAGUGAUUUGACUGUGAAAGAGUUUGAGAAAGAAUAUAGAUUUAAAAAACCUGUGAUUGUGAGGUUUCCCAAUGGAGCCAAAGAUUGGACUAAUCCACAGAAAUGGUCCCUUUCCAGCCUGAAGCAGGAGUAUGGACAGUGGUACGUCUUAUCCGGGAAUUCCCUGGAAAUUGUCCGCAAGGGAGGAAACGGGGAUGUGCAAUCAUCGUUCACUGAAUUUGUGGAUUCAUUGAUGCAGGAUAAAGAUGAAAUCGGGGAACCAUUUUACAUAUUUGACAGGAUGUUCUACAAUGAUUCUAGUCUUCCCAGGACUCUUAAACCACCAAAGUACUUCGAAAUCAAGGAUGGAAUUGAUGACAGUAUUUUUUUCCUGGGAGCCUCCAGUAGUGGUGUAUCCUUCCAUAAACACGCUGAUGCCUGGAAUGGGGUCAUUUAUGGACAGAAACGAUGGUUCCUCUAUCCCACAACUCAUACACCUCCUGGAGGUGUAUAUCCAGGAUUUACACAGAUGGAAUGGUACAGUAAGGUUUACCCGUCCCUGACAGAGGACCACGCCCCCAUGGAGUGUGUACAGGAGGCCGGAGAAAUUCUGUAUUUGCCAGAAGGAACAUACCAUGGUACAAUUAACCUAGGAGACACGGUUGCCAUAGGAAUACAGAAGAAGCUGGCUGCCACAGAAACAGAGAAGCUUUUCUACAAAGAGCUCAACCUAGAGAGAGCAGCCCCUGGUGCCAACAGAGACAAACUCCUUCAGGAGAGGAUCAAGAUCUUUAAGAAACUGCACAAGCUUUUACCAGAUAAUACAGAAGUUAUGAUGAAGCUGGGACAAGCUUUAGCAGAUUCUGGACAGAUUCAAGAUGGCAUGAAAUUCACUCAGCUAGCUAUUGAUAAAGAUCCACAUUUUCUGAUAGCUCACCUGAACAAAGCCAAGAUGCAUAUCCAGAUAAAUGAAAAACAGAAGGCUGAGGAAAUUCUGAAGUUCACCCUUAAGAUGAACCCCAAAUUGUGGGACAUACAUGCCACCUAUGGAGACUUUUUAAUGAAUAAUCAAAGAUUCAAGGAGGCAGUGCAUAUGUAUAAAAAGGGAACAGAAGUGAAGCCAGAUUUGCUGCCAUUUUGGGCAAAUUUGAGAAAUGCCCAGCAACAGAGCGGGGAUAUUCAAGGAGCAAGGGAGACAAAUCUGGUGAUAGAGAGACUGCAUAAAGAACAACAAAGCAGGCAAUAAGACUAGUAACCCUCAAGUUAUUUGAGCAUAUCAUGAUUUUAUUUACUCCAGAUUGUUGGACUUGUUUUGUUGUUGAUCAUUUUAAUUUAAAUCAGGGAAAGGUAUUUCAUUGUUACAUAACAUUAAUUGCAAAUUUAAAGUAGAAAAUACAUGAACCUUAGUUCUUGAAUCUGUCUCAUGUUCCAUGCAUGUUUGUUCUUGUUUUUUGAAAGUUUAAUGGUGUAAAGAAUUUCUGGUGUCAUACAUGUAUGAGUGUGAAGUUUUAAAUCAUUCCAUUUGGUAUUUAAAUAUAUGGAUUUGAGUAUUGUAUUUUUAUUAAGAUUGUUUCAAUUCAUAUAUUUGAUGUACAGAAGAGGAAAUGGAUACUUAGUCUAGUAUAUUUUUGGGAGAUCACUGAGUGAAACCUCUGCCUUUAUACAACAUCAAAUGUGCUUGAAGAAAGGGUCUAUCCCCACCACAAGUACUGUUCUGUAUAGACCCUUGGGUCAUUUUUCAUUUUUUAUAAAUUAUUUUUCAUAGUUGGGUAAAAUUUUCAUAAAAUGUUUACUUUAGAAAAUUUUUUGGACUGAGGUACACUAUAUAUGAGAGUAGAUCUGAAAUAUGUCAUAAAAGGAUGAGUUAAGAAAAAAUCAGUGAAUACUCGGUAUCUAUUCUUGGGGGUGGGGGUUGGUUGAAUGGUUCUGUCCUCAAGCACAUGUGGAGUACGAUUCUAUUGAAACAUACAUGUCUUCAUUCACAUUGCAAAAUAUUAUUUAGCAUAAUAUUAUUGAUUUGAAUUGUCUUUUUCUAAUUAAAAAUUGUUUACUUUUGUAUGUUCCAAUUUCUUUUUUUUAAACAAAAUCUAUUUGCAUUAUAAAAUGUAAGGCCUAUACAUGUAUUAAUGUAAAAUUAAAUCAAUUAUUAAAUCUAUUGUUUUAUAAAUUAUAAAGUUGCCUCAGUUUAUAAGGUACUAUUAAGUCCGAUUGACAUGGGCUCCAUGUAUUUUUCACUCUUAUCUUUCUAUCAAGGGUAUAAUCCCAUCUUAUUUUUUUCUAUUUUUCUGCUAUAAUAACAUAGCAUGCACAUUCCAUUUUUAAUGUCAAUUUUAGAGUUAUCUCUUUUUGUAUUUGUUUUGGAGAUCUCACAAUGUCAAACUAUCUGUGAUAUUUCAUCUCUUUCAUUAAGGCCUACAGCUGAGAUGAAAGAAAACCUAAUAAAAAAAUCAAGCUUUUA